GCCGGGCCCCAGAAGGCCCAGCCGGGCGCGGCGUCGCGGCUGCCCGCGCCAUGGUCGCCCUGGAGAACCCGGAGGGCGGCCCGGAGGCGGCGGCGGCGGGGGGCGACCCGGGCCGCCCGCGGAUGCUGCCCCUCCAGGGCUGCCUGCCCCCACUAGCCAGCUCCCAGGUGAAGAGACUUUCAGCCUCCAGGCGCAAGCAGCAUUUCAUCAACCAGGCUGUGCGGAAUUCAGACCUUGUGCCCAAAGCCAAGGGACGGAAGAGCUUACAGCGCUUGGAGAACACCCAGUACCUCCUGACCCUGAUGGAAGCCGAUGGAGGUCCACCAGGUCUGGAGGACGGGGACUUGACACUCCCUGCAGCCCCGGGCAUCUUUGCCGAGGCCUGCAACAAUGCCACCUAUGUGGAGGUCUGGAAUGACUUCAUGAACCGCUCUGGGGAGGAGCAGGAGCGGGUGCUCCGCUACCUGGAGAACGAGGGCCAGAACAAGCCGAGGAGGAGGGGCCCGGGCCGUGGGGAGGACCGGCGGAGAGAGGACCCAGCAUACACACCCCACGAGUGCUUCCAGCGCAUCAGCCGCCGGCUGCGGUCCGUGCUGAAGCGGAGCCGCAUCCCCAUGGAAACACUGGAGAGCUGGGAGGAGCGGCUGUUGAGGUUCUUCUCUGUGUCCCCCCAGGCUGUAUACACAGCCAUGCUGGACAACAGCUUUGAGAGGCUCCUGCUUCAUGCCGUUUGCCAGUACAUGGACCUCAUCUCAGCCAGCGCUGACCUGGAAGGCCGGCGACAGAUGAAGGUCAGCAAUCGGCAUCUGGACUUCCUGCCGCCAGGGCUGCUCUUGUCCGCCUACCUGGAGCAGCACUGAUGACAGCCCCCUGGAGCCCUGCCUGCUGCCACACGGGGCCCCAAGGUCUCCCACAUCGUCUGCUCACAUCAUUGAGAUUUUUAAAAUUUGCCCUUGGAAACCGAAACCUGCUCUUCCCCUGGGGUGGGUUCUCUGACCCUUGACCCCUCCCUGCCCAGCUCACAGGUCCACACUGGCAGCUGGGACUGCCCGACUGUCCCUGCAGCCUCUGUACAUAGCCUCCUACCCUGUGACUUUUGUCUGGGUGGGAAGACCUGACCUGGGCAUGUUGCUUUCUUCAUUGUUGAGCUUUUUUUUUUUUUUUUUGGCCCAGGUUGAAGCUCAGGUGAGGAGGGAAAAAAAUCAAGGGGUUUUAUCACUUUUAAUGUGUUUGGCAUGAUUUGUUGUACAUUUUUAAAUUUCCCUUUUGAAGAGAAAAAAACAACAAAACAACAAAAAAAAAAAUCUACCACAACCCCAAAUCUUGCCCUAGCUGGUAAAGCAUGGGGCUUCAUGACAGCCUUUGCUUGACCCCUGCCAAUUUUUACCUCUGAUGGGAGAGGGUGUCCCUUGGGACCCAGCCCCUCAUCCCAGGAGCAUUUUGUCUUGUGCAUGUGUGUGUAUGUGUGUGUGUGUGUGUGUGUAUAUGUGUGCACGCACAUGCGUGGGUCCUCCACGCAGGACAAGCUUCAUCUCAAGGGCUGGUUUUAUGCUUUUAGCUAUGCGUGUCUUGUGGUCCCUCCUCCCCUGCCUGCUCUCCACCUAACACCCCGCCCCCCCACCCAAUUCCCUCCCUUUAUACUGGGGAUCCAGGACUUCCAGCCAGAAGCCUCUGACCUCUGUUACCCCUGUCCCUAGCCUGGCUCCAAUUGCCCUGCCGGGAGCAGGGGCCCCGUGUGGAGAACAGGCCUGCUUGGUGUGCUUGGGGGAUGGGAAGUGUUUUAAUAAAUUCCUGGUGCUCUGGCA